AUGAAGGGGUGGAACCCAGCCCACGAGCUUAGUCAAACUUCAUGUAUCAUAGCCACUCAGUGCAUCAUCACAGGUGACGUGCAAGCGUACACAGCUACCCACAACAACCAAGGCAAUCAAGACCAUCUUCCCCACUCUCUAUCUGCGAAAGUUUUGGAUAAAAUUCUUGAAAAUCCGUAUGAAUGGCAAAAAAGAUUGCUUCCAGCCCGAUAUGGCAGAAAUCCGGACCCUGUUGAAUCAAAAGACUUUCACAAGUGGCUCAAUGUCAUUUUGAAAGAGAUUAGAAAGGAUCUCAACAAAAUUCUCCUCACCAACAUGCACAUUCCAAAUCGAGCCAAGAAGACUCCGUCCCUCUUGAACGUGCCAACCAUUGAAACCAUGAUUGUCAAGGCAAUUGGAAUAUUAAUAGAUUUACAAAAGAGAACAAGACUUCAUUGGAGAUCUCGUUAUGCGUGGCUUGCUGAUUUGACAUUACGGUUUCAACAGAGAAUGCAAUUGAUCCAUUGGGGCUACAAUUUGGCAGAUUACAACAACCAUUCAUUCUGGGCAGUUGUAGACAACAAGUUGGAAGAAUUGCGCACUAAGUCCGUCCGUUAUUGUUAUGUCUACUUUCACGAGGUCUUAAGCUUGGACUUUGACCAAUUCGAUGGGGAAAGAGCCUUUACUGAAAUCCAGAAGACCACCGACUUUGCGUUGCCAAGUGAGGAAGAGGUUCAGGCACGAAUCAAACACUUGGAUCAGACCCACAGAGCUGUGAUAGGAGAAAAGGAGGCCUUCCAUCAAUGA